CUGAGUCAACCUUGAGCCGGUGAGAUUUGAACCGCUGACCUGCUGAACACAGUCAGCUAAAGUGGCCUGCAAUACUGCACUCUAACUGCUGCGCCACCUCGGUGGCAAGCGUGAGUCUUGCCCCUUUCUCCAGGGGUGGUGCGCCAAAGGGGCCACUUUUCUCCUGCAAAUGGAAGCCUCGUCUGUAAGAAGCAUCACCGGUGGUCCUGUUCAAAUCUUCACAUUGGCAGCCAACGAGGGGAGAUGUCCGAGCUCCAAAGCCUUCUUAGCAACCUGCAUGGAAGCUAUGAAGGCCAGACGGCCCCAUAGCUUCUAGUUCAUUGAAGACGGAGGCAAGAAGAGGCAGUUUUGUGGCAUCACACACACUCAGGGCUGUUCCAACGAGCUGUUUGUCCAGAGGACCACAAAGCCACAGCUUGGACAGACCGCGGUCCAGCCGGUGGCCGUGAGAGAAAAUAUUUGGGCUGAAUGCAGCGUUUGAGAGCAGCUGGACGAAAACCAGACGUUGCUGGCUGUGGGCCUUGGCACAGGUUCCCAAGGUCUUGUGUCAUUCUCCUCUUCUCAUCCUUGAGCUCAGAUUCAUGACGGCCUUCGGUGCGUGCUCGGCAUUCGGGCAGCUGGAUCCUUCCCCCCCCCCCAUUUGCUUGUCUUUCUUCCCGCAGGGCUUGUGACUCCUCGGAUCCUGGUGGAAAAUGGUGUUCCAGAAAUCGCCCAACGGCGGGUGGGGCUGGGUGAUAGUCCUCAGCUCCUUCUUCACCCAGUUCUUGUGCUACGGGUCUCCCUUGGCGGUUGGGGUGCUCUACGUGGAAUGGUUGGACCUCUUUGGAGAAGGGAAAGGAAAGACCGCCUGGAUCGGGUCCCUGGCCAGUGGCGUGGGCCUGCUCGCAAGUCCCAUCUGCAGCACUUGUGUCUCUGCUUUCGGCGCACGGCCAGUGACCAUCUUCAGUAGUUUCAUGGUUGCAGGAGGCCUGAUGAUGAGCAGCUUUGCACCCAAUAUCUACUUCCUUUUUUGUUCUUAUGGAAUUAUUGUCGGACUUGGAUGUGGCUUAUUGUACACGGCCACCGUCACAAUCACGUGCCAAUACUUCGACAAACGUAGAGGCCUUGCACUCGGUCUCAUUUCCACAGGAUCGAGCAUUGGCCUUUUCAUCUAUGCUGCCUUACAGAAAGAGCUGAUUGAACUGUAUGGGUUGGAUGGCUGCCUGCUGAUCAUUGGCGCGCUCUCUCUAAACAUCCGAGCCUGUGGCAGCCUGAUGAGGCCUCUGUCGGUGGCCCAGAAGCCCAACCUGGAGAAGAUUCCGGAUCAAUACCUCAUUUAUAACGGAAAAGAGAAGCCCUCUCAUGAGGAACACAUCACCAUACUUGAGAAGGCCCAGAGUGAAGGGAAAGGGGAGAAUCAGGAGGUGGGCAGUGACCGCCAACCAAAUGGCCUCCCAGUUCAGAGCCAGCUGCUCUCGGCCUCCCCCAGAGAGUCCGAGAGCUACCCAAAGAAAGUCUCGGAACAAACGUACCUGUGCAAACAACUGGCUAUGCAGAAAUGGGGCCUGUAUUUAAGUUACUGGGAGGACACCCUGAGUCUUUUUAAAAACAAAGUCUUUUCCGCCCUGUUUAUUGCCAUCUUCCUCUUUGACGUUGGCGGCUUCCCUCCUUCGUUGCUCAUGGAGGACGUGGCGAGGAGCUCAAAUGUCGUGGAGGGGGACUGCAUCAUCCCUCUGAUCUCCAUCAUCGGCAUUAUGACCGCUGUGGGCAAGCUGGCCCUGGGCGUCCUGGCAGAUGUAGACUGGAUUAAUGCUUUGUAUCUCUACAUCCUGACGUUGAUCUUGACGGCAGCAGCCCUGGUGUUAAUUCCCUUCGCCCAAAGCUACAGUGCUCUGGCAAUCCUUUCGGGGGUUUUAGGGUUCCUGGCAGGAAACUGGUCGAUUUUCCCCUAUAUCACAACCCAGACGGUGGGAAUCGAGAAACUGACCCAUGCCUAUGGGAUAUUGAUGUUUUUCGCGGGACUUGGAAACAGCCUGGGACCCCCAAUUGUAGGUUGGUUUUAUGACUGGACUGCUUCUUAUGACGUGGCCUUCUACUUCAGUGGCCUGUGUGUGCUCUUCGGAGGGCUCCUCCUCCUUGUGGCCGUGUUGCCUUGUUGGCGUGGAACAAAACCUACCAUCAGCCCAAACCCCAAACACUUAUUCCUCCACAGCUGUCUCCGGAGUGUCAAUGACCGUAUGGAAUAGUUGCUGCUGUUUUGAUACUGAUACUUUUAGUAAAUACUUUUGCAUCUAUUUAUAAAGGUUUUUAAGACACUUUUGAUACCUCCUUGAAACAUUUGGACCUCUGAGCCAAAACAUCAAGUCCUGGCCACUGCAGCUAAAUUCCAACAGCACAAUGGGGUCUUCUGUCUUGCCGUUGCCCAUAAUCGGCAAAAUGCUGCUUGCGCCGGAUUGCAACUGACCAAGAGACUUUUAAGAUGCAGUGAAGCUCCGCUCUUGAGGUGGAGCUUUUCUUGACGAGCUUCCCACUCCCCAUUCCUGUUCCGGAGGCUGAGUGUGCAAGCCCUGGCAAGUGUGCAAAGUGCUUGGAUCUAGAACCAGCAUAUUCAGUUUCCUAAAUGAGGUUCCUCCUCUCACCCACAUUGUAUUGUACUACAGUUUUGCUAAGUAUUUUCUGGCGCAACCAAUGUAUUUUAUACACAUUUUCAUGUAAUCCUUGUACUUCAUUUCGGCCAGGUUGGCACAGUACUUGCUUCCCUCUUCAGGAAUCUUAAUGCUAUUUGGUUGGGAGAGGCUACGUCACUCUGAGUGUCAUGAAAGUAAUUGAAGAUGCUGUUUUCUCUGAGGGAUCUUGUGGGUGGCCAAAAGAUCCCAUGAUCUAUGAAAUAAACAGCACAACAAGAAUGUAGCAUUUAAGACCAAGGGAGAUGUUGAAUGGAAAAAAAAAAAAGUUACUGCAUAUUCUAUCGGGAGCUGUUACAAAUUAUUCAACCGAAUUCUAUAAAAACCAAGGAAUACAAUUUAUUAAAGAAACCACAAACCAUA